AUGCUACAUGAGAUUUGGUGUCCUGACCUGACAAAACUGCUGCACCUUUGCAUUCGGCGAAGAUGGGAAGGCGGUGAUGGUAAAUCGCCCAAUAUUCACUCCUUAAGGAGGAGGAAAGAGUACACCGCUCGAAGAAGAGAAUUCCCUGUGUCCUCAUCCUCACACGCAACACCCCCAUCACGUUUCAUCGAGAGACUUCUCUGCGUCUUCUCCCUCAACCUCAACAUUCGUGUCACAUCUCGUCUCUUUACGAAGAUGUCUCCAGUCAUGCAUAUUCGUGUCCCCGGCCGUCCCGGCGACGGUAGUGCUCCCAGUGGCGCCGUUGCAGACAGGAAAGCCGCCGCCGUUGAGUAUCGGGCUCUCCUAAAGCGCAUGUUCCCAAAUCUUGACUCUCUGGCUCUCAGCGAGUUCUUCCGAAGCCCGACUACUCACAAGUGCGCUGGAAAUAAUGUUGACGAGGACAUGACGAUGCCCACCAAAGGAACUGGCUUCUUUGACCUCGGCGACAAGACACGCGAGUGCGUUCUUCGCUAUGUACUUGUUGAUUCCAACCCUAUCAACGUCCCGGCUACUCUCUACGAGCCACACGAGGUCCCAGAGGUCAUCCAUACCGACCCCCGUCUCACCAACAUGGGCAUGAGAAUCUACUUCUCUGAAAACACCUUUCACUUCAAGUACCCCGAGAUCCUCGAGGAUUUUGCGUCCAAGAACAAGAAAGCUACGAAAGUCAUCCGCAAACUCGGCUUGGACCUCGACAGCAAGUUCCUCAUUCGCGUCGUCAGCUGGCUCAAGCCCUUCGAAAACCUCAACGAGCUCACUAUCGGAAUAAACGAACGCAGCUUGGUCGAGUACAUGUCCAACACCUCUGAGGGCUUCCAGAAGUGCGAAAUGCAUCCGCAAGAUAUUAGCUUUCAACUAAAUCUCCUUGUCCUCCGUGUCCCUGGAAUGGAUGCCCUUCGUGCUGUCCGCGUUCCUAAAGUCACAUUCACGCCUCUGAUCCACGGCAGCAAGGACGACAAAGUAUAUGCUCUCCGCACCACUGGUCCUAUUCCCGUCGGUGUCCUCGACACAAUCGUGGCGAAAGAGAUGAUGCGUCCAAAGGACCCAAAGCGGUCACUCAAACGCACGCACACGCCCGUAUCCAACAUCGCAGUCGCCGCAAUCCACCCCCAUGCGCCGGCCUUCCGCUUCUUAGACCUCCCAGCGGAGCUACGCAACCAGAUAUACCUUCCCACUGCCGUCCCGGCACGAACCUCGCCGCCGACCGCAAAUACCAUCUCCCAGGAGGCGACCGGAAUCUACUACGCCACCAACGAAUUCGUGUUCUACUACCCAGCACAGCUCAUGGCGUUCAUACAGGUCCUAGGCGCCUCCCGAAGGGCGAUGAUUGAGAAGGUAACGCUCUGGUAUAAAACCCAGAGCCAAGGGGGCAUCGAAACCACUGACAUCUCCUUGAUGAUGGCCAAGCAGCUCUCUGGGCUCAAGGAGCUAGAAGUUGCCGUAUCUCUGGACUCCCGCUACUACGAGAAAUCCCGGCGGCUGGAGUUCAGGUGGGCAUCAGGGAGAUGUCGAUGGGUGUCCAAGAAUGGAAGGAGGAGGGUGGAGGAUGUGGGAGAGAUGGGAAUUUGUGGGGUGGGGGGUGUGGCUAGAUACCAAAUGAUAUAUUUAAUCAACUAUGCUGCUUCAAAGUUCCUCCGCGCCAAGAAGAGAGUAAAGCAGUGGGAAGAGAGCGUAGACGUAUGGGUGACAUCUUAUUACCUAUGCAUCUUCGAAGUUACUCCAAGCCAAGAACCGAGUAGUAUCCAACUACCUAUAUCUCUUCAAAGCUCCUCCCUCAUGAAGAAGAUCACGAAAAUGUCGCAGGAGAGCUCUAGAGCCCAAACUCCACCCUUCCCAGCAAAGAUAUGGUUGAAGAUCCAAAGAAGAGAGUUAAGAGAGCUUAGUAUGUCAAUAAUGUACUUUGGGGUGAAUUGGAAAGAUCUCUACCUUAAGGCAUAUUUACUAUUCUGCACGCGAAUCAACCGUUGGUUGAUUAUUCGUAUUUUGAUUGUGGAGCCCCGUCCUUACAUAUGUCGCUUGCAUAUAGCUUCUAUUUUGAGCCAUACCAAGCAAAGUAUACCCCAGAGGAGUAUGUCAACGAAGCACUUAGGGCGAAUUGAAAUGUAUCUCGGUCUGAUAGCUUGGUUUAGGAAUAAGAGGAACUUGGACCUGGAAACUCCUUUCAAGAGCGUAAUCGAGAGAUUUACCACUCAAGGGCGUCGAAUUAUUGAUCAUCCGGCGGUUACCCAUAGUCACAAGCCCAGCUCCCUUUCCCUCUUUCAAGGCCCCCACCAACUGCUAGACAGAUAUAAUACGUUAAUCUCCAACUCCCUACUUCUUCUAAUCAGUUUCCAAGUAAUAUGUAGUCGUAGAGACUGUAGCCUUGUAGGGGGCAUGAGUUUGGUUAGAAGUGACGUAUUGUGGAUUGAGGGGCUGAGGGUUGAUCGGGCAGUGAAUCAUAGAGCCCUCGGAUUUACAAGAUCUUAUUUGGAUAGUUCGGCUUCUAAAGGCACCACAAGCCUGUGGGACAGCUCAAAAGACGGUCAGAUAUCUUGGAGACUCUUCCCGCAGCUCUUCCACACCGCUACACACCAUAGUCAUACCAAUGUUGUCUUGUCCUUCCACGUAUUGGAUUCAAUCGGGGUCACCACUAUUUUUGCACGUCUUAGAAACUGGAUUACCUACAACAGUAGCGCAUGGUUCGUCAGUGUCACAGAUCUCGGGGGAUCUCGCUCCCUGAAUCAAUUCCUAGAGAAGACCUACCCUCCCUUUGGUGCCAGAUGUUUGGACUUACACUCAACUAAGAAGAAUGUCCUCUAUAGGCUGCUCUACGCUUCAAACUCUACGAUGACGAUUGACAUUUCAUGCCUCGAAGCCAGGAUGUUUCUUCUUUCUCCACUGAUUAGCAGGACUCUAUCGAUAGAUAUUAUUGUUGACGAGUUUGAAAUGUAA